CACAGUACUAAAAAUAGUACGAUACUAUAUAGGAAAGAGUAGAAGAGGUGUAAGAGAGAUACGACAUUGCGCUAGUAUACAUAUAUACAUAUAUUAAUUGGUAAAAACGCGUACUUCGGAGUUGGACGUAACAACUGGUAACAACGUCUGAUCCGUCCAUGAUGACCGCCAGAGCGUUGAUGUCCGUACUGCGACCGGGAAAAGGAUUCCUUGGAUCAUGGAACGAGAAAGGACUUUGUGCUGCCGGCAGGAUAGAAAAUCCACUAAGCAUCGGAAGUUACAGACAGCAGCGCAAUGGGCAUCAGUGGGUGCCGGAUAGGGAAUAUAUCAUGCAAUGGAACAAAGAUGCAAAGGUAUUUUAUAAUUUCCAACCAAAUGACUGGAAACUUCCAACAACAUACAGGGAUGAAGAGAUGGACACAUCACAAAUAAAAAACAUGACUAUUAAUUUUGGACCGCAACAUCCAGCUGCACAUGGAGUUUUACGGUUAAUUCUAGAGUUGAAGGGCGAAUAUGUUAUCCGUGGUGAUCCUCAUAUAGGUCUUCUGCAUCGUGGCACAGAAAAACUGAUCGAAUACAAAACGUAUAUGCAAGCUCUACCUUACUUUGAUCGUUUGGAUUAUGUCUCUAUGAUGUGUAACGAACAGUGUUUCUCCAUGGCUAUCGAGAAGUUGCUUAAUAUAGAAGUACCUUUACGAGCCAAGUACAUCAGAACUCUGUUCGCCGAGAUCACAAGAAUAUUGAAUCACAUUAUGGGGAUUGGAACGCAUGCGCUGGACAUCGGUGCUCUUACGCCAUUUUUUUGGUUGUUUGAAGAACGAGAAAAAUUGAUGGAGUUUUACGAACGAGUCAGCGGCGCACGUAUGCAUGCUGCAUAUAUACGCCCUGGUGGUGUUUCUUUGGACAUGCCGUUGGGCUUAAUGGAUGACAUAUACGAAUGGGCAUGUCAGUACGGGGAACGAUUGGACGAAGUCGAGGACCUAUUGACAUCAAACAGAGUUUGGUAUGGUCGUACAAGAAACAUCGGAACAGUAACUGCAGAAGAAGCGCUGAAUUGGGGUUUCAGCGGAGUAAUGUUACGCGGUUCGGGAAUCAAAUGGGAUUUAAGAAAAGUGGCUCCUUACGAUGCAUACGAUCUUGUAGAGUUUGAUGUUCCAAUUGGUAAACACGGAGAUUGUUACGACAGGUAUCUUUGUCGCAUCGAGGAAAUGCGUCAGUCUCUGCGAAUUAUUUAUCAGUGUCUAAAUCAGAUGCCACCAGGUGAAGUAAGAAUUGACGACGCGAAAAUAGUGCCUCCAAGACGGGAGGAAAUGAAGACUAGCAUGGAGGCUCUGAUUCACCAUUUUAAACUGUAUACGCAAGGUUUCCAAGUACCACCCGGGUCUACUUAUACCGCGAUCGAAGCGCCAAAGGGUGAAUUUGGGGUGUAUCUCGUAAGCGAUGGUAGUAGCAAGCCUUAUAAAUGCAAAAUCAAGGCUCCAGGAUUUGCCCAUUUAGCUGCGAUGCGUUAUAUGAGUCCAGGCUGCUUGCUCGCCGAUAUUGUAGCAAUUAUUGGUACCCUGGACGUUGUAUUCGGCGAAAUCGACAGAUAAUCUGCCCUCGCCUCUCCUAAAUACUUUCUGAUCAUGAGAAAUAGUAUCGUAGAAUUUCACAAAUUUGGCUCGUAUUUAUAUGUAGCGGCGGGAGUAUGGUUGCGGAAAAGAGAAAAAUAAAGCGACUUGGUUACU